AUGUACGGCUUCAACCCACCCCCCCGCCGCCGCCCGCGGCCCCGCCUCCUCCUCUUCACCUACGCCAGCGCCCACACGCCCCACCACACGCCCUUCAGCGCGCACUUCCGCGUCCCCGUGCUCUCCCUCCUCGACGUCUCGCGCUGCCGCGUGCCGCCGCGCGACAUCUGCGCGACCAUGACGGGGCUGGACGCCGAGUGCCGCCGCUACGUGUUCCAGUGUCCGCGCAUACGGCAGAUCUACGAGGCGGGGCGGCGGAUGGUGGAGGAUGCGGUGUGGCAUGGAGCCCCGGUAGCGCUGGGGGUGAGCUGCGGGAGCGGGACGCAUCGCAGCGUGAGUUUUGUGGAGAGGAUGGCGAGGGAGUUGAGGGGGAGGGGGUGGGAGGUUGGGGUUGUGCAUUUGGAUAUUGGGAGGGGGAGGUAG